AUGUCCUCCCCAGGAUCAUGGAAAGAUGGUAAUGGAGAAUUCCUACUCGCCGUGAUCGGAUCGACAAGGCACGCGCCUUACCUGAAGGGUUGGCCAGAGUUCAAGGACAGCCUUCGCAAGAUAAUGAAAGCCCAGCCAGGAUGGGUAGAGGUAACGCCGAGCUCAAGCCAACGAAGAGGCCAUACGGAAGCUUGGUGUCGAAUCAAAGAUAGAAAAGAUGCAGACGAUGUAUAUGAGACCUAUUGUAGGUCAGACAAGACGCUGGUCCAUGUCUGGGAGACUGGCCGCGGCAAUGAAGGCUACCGCCUAAUGAGGUGCAACUGCUCAUCGCACUUCACAGGAGUACCGAAAGGAGGUCAUUCUGUGAUGCGAUGCGGCAUCGACCUUGGAAGAUUCGAGCAGCCCAGUGGAAAAGCGCAACCUGUGCCAGCACCUCCCUACGUAGCCCAGCCGGCGCUUCAGCACCCGAUGUAUUAUCAGCCUCCACCCUACACCACUCUGCCUCCUUAUCCUGUCUAUGUGUCACAGCCUGCAAUCUACUCGACCAACACUACGGGGAUGCCAGUGAACGUCCAAGGCGGAGCAGUGUUGACCGAGGCGCGAGAAAUCUUCAUUCGUAACCUCAACUACAAGGUGACACCAGAUGAAUUGGCCAGACUGCUCAGCACAGUCGGACACCCCGUUCACUCCAACUUGCACCGGGACUCGAAGACUGGCGCUUUCAAGGGUGUAGCGACGGCCAACUUCGCGACCAAGGAGGAGGCACAGGAUGUUGCAGCGCGCCUAGAUGGCAUCCGACAUAUGGACAUGACGCUCCAGGUUCGCAUGGGUAAAGACGCGACUGUUGUUGGACGAGCUGAGCCCAUGGUCGUGAAUGGCUCGUACGGAUAUCGGUAG